AGGAACAAGAACGAACUGUAAAUAACUCAGAAGGGUGUCACCAGUCCCCACAAUUGGCCCUGCACGCAUCAAGAAGUUAUCAGUAGUGACAGGAAGGCCUCACACCAAACUUAUUAACACUCAAACCGACAUGAUGAAAUCGAAACACAGGAAACAGAAGUAGCUUUUACAUUUCCUCUACAGAGAGAGCAUAAUUAACUGACAAAAUAGAAAAUGAAUGGCUGCACCGACGAACAAGAAUAACCAGCCUUUAAAGACAACACACCUCCUGAAGCACUGAACACACACAGAAGCUGUAGUGCCUGGUCAUGUUGGAGGAGAGGGAGAAACAUGAGGAAAGGAGCAGUCAAGUUUCCCAACAAUAAAUUCUAAACGGCAAUUCUGGAUGAAGAUUGAGGACGUAUAGAGGACAUGUCGGAUAAAUAUUGGGGACGCUUUCUCACAACGAUAGGCGACACACCUGGAGAAGAUCUCUGGAAGGGCCUCUCUACUCUUCCCCUUCACCUGGCUGCAACUUACAGGAGAGCAGCGAGCCUGCAGAGCCUGCUGACAGCAGGAGAAGACCCUGAAAUAAGGGACCAGCUCGGUCGGACUACUCUGCAUUUAGUGAUCGCCAGUUGGCCGAGCAUCAGCCCAAAACCAGGCUCCAGGUUCCAGGCGGCUGUGAGCGGAGAGAGGAGAAGGGCAGAAGCCUGUCUGCGGCUCCUCUGUGAACACGGGGUUAACCUCAAUGCAGAGGUGGAGGGGAGUCAGCAGACAGCUCUCCACCUGUCUGUCCGCUACACGGCUCUGUCUGCGGUCCACAUCCUGUCCUGCUGUGGAGCGGAUGUGAACGCUGUGGACAGCAGUGGGAUGACGGCCCUACAUAUGGCUGCUGGGGUCCUCCAUAAGGACAUUAUGGUCAGCUUGAUCAAGGAGGGAGCAGAUUUGAGCAUGGGGCUGAAGCCCUCUGGGAACACUCCUCUGCACCUGGCUGUUGUAGCGAUGGCUCUGAAAGCCUUUAAAACCCAGCAGGACGACACCAGCUGCAUCUCUGAGCUGCUGGAGCGGGGGGCCGAGGUCAACGCGGUGAACAACGCUGGGAUGACACCAUUGCACGAGGCGUGCAGCAUGGGAAACACAGAGCUGGUGGAGCUGCUGCUCAGGUACGGAGCUAACAUCAACCAGCUGAGCGGAGCCGGGGAGAGCUGUCUGUUCCUGUUCCUGAACCACAGGCCGAAUGUAAGGAAGAACUCUCUACUCAUUAAACUCCUCAGCCUGACCUCCCCGCUCACUGUCUACAACCACAACAACAGCCUUCCCCUCACCUUGACGCUACCAUGCUUCUUCAAACAAAGAGACCAGCUGCUAAAACUCACUCAGCAGCCAAGGAGUCUUCAAGACAUUUGCAAGAGGGACAUUUAUCUAAAACAUGUCCAAGGCACGAGAGAAGAGUUGGGGAAAAUCCUGCCAGAGAAACUAUAUGACUUUGUUUUCAACUACUGGGAGGAUUUACACAUUUCCUUUGUGACAGACGGCGACCAGGACUCUUUUAAUGACUUGUUACACAUUGCUUCAAGUUGACACCUGUGCAAAUUACUGCCACAGAUAUACCUCAAACAUAUGCUGAAAUAAAAUCUAUCAAAGCACCUUA